CUACAAAGGUUUCCAGAAUGGCCCAGCAAUUUGUAGCUAGUCAUAUUGCAUCUAAUAAAGUGGUUGUAUUUGGAAAGAACAGCUGCCCUUUCUGUCGCAAAGGUCUAGAUCUUCUGAAAAGAAUUAAUCUCAAGCCUGGGCAUUUGGAAUAUAUCGAGCUCACGAGCCAAAGUGAUAUGGAUGCCAUUCAAGACUAUCUUAUGCAGUUAACAGGCGCUCGAACGGUUCCUCGAAUUUUUAUUGGAGAGAUGUGUAUUGGUGGUUUUACAGAUCUAGAUGCUCUGAACAGAAGCGGAGAACUUUCCCUCAUGUUAAAGAAAAUUGGGGCACUGUGAAGAGCAAUGAUAACUGUAGGCUGGAACUACCCUCAAGCCGCACCCACAAGAUUUUGGAUUAAAUUAGUUGCCUGCCUCCUCUUGUCUUCACCUUUUGUGUAUUUCUGAAAGGAGGCAAUUUAAAAAAUAGUUUUGGUUACUCUCUGGUUUCUAAGAUACAGCUUUAACUCCCUUUGAUACCUUUUUAGUAUGAUUCUCUGCUAAUAAAGAACAGAUGACCAGAAUGGAUCAAAAAAGAA